UGAGUCUGAGUCUGUGUGUGAUCAAGUUUGUGAAUUUUAUGUGUAGGUUAUGUUUGUCAUGAAAGUAAAUGUAAAUUAAUUCAUUUUGUUAAUAGUUCAAGUUAAUACUGAAAAUGGAAGUGGUUUCAAAUAGUCCAGACAAUAUGCAAAGACGUUGGAGCCAUCUCAAGAAAGUGCUAGAGAGAUCUGGCCCUUUUUGUCAUCCAGAUUUUGAACCUUCGCCAGAAAAUCUAAAUUUUAUUGGUACCUCUUGCAAACUGUUAGUUAUCGGCGCCGGCGGAUUAGGCUGUGAACUUCUCAAGGAUUUAGCUUUAAUGGGGUUUAGAGAGAUACAUGUAAUUGAUAUGGACACAAUAGACCUGUCAAACUUGAACCGUCAAUUCCUAUUCAGGAGGAAAGAUAUUGGAUCAUCCAAAGCAGAGGUUGCUGCCGAAUUCAUUAACAAAAGAGUUCCCGGUUGUAAUGUUGUUCCGCACUUCAAGAAAAUUCAAGACUAUGACGAAUCUUUCUACAGACAAUUCCAUAUUAUAAUUUCUGGUCUUGAUUCAGUUGUUGCUCGUAGAUGGAUUAACGGAAUGGUAAUAUCUCUCCUGUCCUACGAUGAAAAUGGAGAUCUUGAUCAAUCCUCACUGAUCCCGCUAGUGGAUGGUGGAACUGAGGGAUUCAAAGGUAAUGCUAGAGUUAUACUUCCUGGAAUAACUGCUUGCAUCGAAUGCACCCUGGAUCUGUACCCUCCACAGGUUACAUAUCCUUUGUGUACAAUAGCUAACACGCCCAGACUCCCGGAACAUUGUAUUGAAUACGUUAAGGUUAUACAGUGGCCAAAGGAGAACCCUUUUGAUGUGACCAUCGAUGGGGAUGACCCUAACCACAUCAAUUGGAUAUAUGAGAAGUCUUAUGAACGUGCAAGUCAAUUCAACAUCAGUGGUGUUACCUACAGAUUAGUUCAAGGUGUAGUAAAGAAUAUCAUACCAGCUGUGUCUUCUACAAACGCUGUUAUUGCUGGUGCCUGUGUGACUGAAGUAUUCAAAAUUGCCACAAGUUGUUGCAUGCCGAUCAACAACUACAUGGUCUUCAACGAUGUCGACGGUAUUUACACCUACACAUAUGCAGCGGAGAAGAAAGAAGAUUGCCUGGCGUGCAGCAAUAUUGCCAAGUGCCUUGAAAUAAAGAAUGGAGGUAUCAAACUUCAGGAGCUAAUAGAUCUUCUUUGUGAUGAUCCUACUUAUCAAAUGAAGAGUCCUGGAAUUACUGCUUACAUCAACGGGAAGAACAGAACUCUAUAUUUACCACACGUUGCAAGUAUUGAGGCUCAAACAAGGGAUAACCUGAAGAAGACAGUUGCAGAAUUGGGACUGGAAAAUGGCUCUGAAAUCAUGGUAGCUGAUGUGACUAGCCCCAACACAGUAGUAUUUAAUUUAAAGUUUUCAAACAAAUCUGAUACUGAAAUGGUGCUGGGUUGAGCGUUUUGUUUGAAUUUUGAAAUGUCUGUGAUUUAGGUCCUGAUAAGCUUUGUGAGUAUAAAUUCAAGCUCGGUAACCUAUCUUUAACAACAGUAAGUUGUAGGAAAAGUUAUUAGGCUUAUUAAAAUAAGUCUCACUUAUAGGCCUACCGGUACUUUAUCUCAGUUUUCUCUAAAAUUCUAUUGUAGCUUUUGUUCAAAGUUGUAUCGUGGUUCUCAGACAUCAUUUAAUUUAAACCCAGUUUAAUACUUGUCAUUUAAAACUUUUAUAAUAAAAUAAUAUUUUUGUUGAA